ACUAUUAAUUUUUACUUUGUCAGCAUCUCUUCUGUACUCCUACACAGCUAGGCCACAUGGCCAUGUAAGCUCCGUACACCCUCUUCCCAAAACGUUUCUUGCAUGCUGCUUGAUGCAAAAUGGAUUCUUCAAUCGAUAAAUAUGCUGUAUACAAAGUCGCUCCACCGUUGGAGAGGAGCAGAGUGAACUUAAUACAAGGAAAUCUGAACAAGUCAAGUGGCGAACCGCAUCUAUCUGAUCAUAGUUUAACCUCUAUUGGUGGUCGCCAUGACUCCCAUACCUCAGAUCACUCGGGAACAUACCGUAACGAUCAGAGCAGUGACGGAUUAGAGUCAAGCCCGCGAAGUCCUUUGCUGCCUCAUACCACUGGCUACCACACAACAGACUACACCCACUCUUUGUCUCUGUCUGAUGGCGGCUCUCCACCCCCCUCCGUGACCAGUGAGCACCAGCAAUCACCCACUGCACUAGUGCUUGAGUCCUCCUCAGAGUCAGUGUUGGCAGUCAGAGCCCUCGACUCCAGUCCAUCACACUCUCAAUCAGUGGAGAUCAUCUCAACCAGGACUCUGUCUCCAGUCAAAGUGACUCGUCAUUUCUACGAGGGAGAUGAUGAGAUAUUCACCACGGAUAUAGCCACCAUUGCCCCCCCUGACCAGCUAUCCCCCGCCAGCGGGAGGAGGUUCACCUCAAACUUUGUGGCGUCGGUCAAAUCUAGUGGAGGGCUGGAGACUAGUAAGCACAGUGAUACAGGUAACCACGAGAAUGAUACACCAAUCAGUGCCCACGCCUUAGCACAACAACAGUCACAUGAUCCAGGGGACCAAUCAAACCAACCCAAUCGGAGCACGAUCAUCGAGAGAAGCUCUGACACUACUCGUAACGAUGACUAUACUGUGGACAGUGAGGGUGUGAGGAGUGUGGGAGGUGUGGGGAGGAGUGUCAGUGACCACGGACUGAUGAAGAGCAAGCAACAAGAUGUGCCUGUCCGCUCUCGCUCAAUGGAUACUACACGACCAAAGAUGUCUGCAGCCUCCACUAACAAGAAAGCACCCAAAGGUCGCCAAGUUUCAGCCCGGUAUAUGUCUGACACUGCUUCUGCAAGGAGACCACCUCCCUCUCAGAGUGGGCGAGGGAAGGCCACAGCCCUCAAAACAAAAAGCCUGUACAAAGCCCCUAAAACCAAAACUGCUUCCAGACUCCCCCCUCACAAGCCCCCCAAUCCCCGCACCCAACGAGGCAAGCCACCCCCUCCAGCAGCGAAAGCCCCCCACUCCACACACCCCUCCACACCCUCACAUAACCUCUCGUCCCUCUCAGUUGCAUUCUCUCCGUCAGGGCUAGUGACCUCUACCCCAUCUCGCACUUAUGGUGGAGGAAGUGACGGCAGCUUCAUUGCUAUGGGUGCAGGGAAAGACUCGAUCAUGGCUCCUAGAGAUAGCAUUAAGAAACAGUCAACCAAAGGUGAAAUUGAUGAGCUGGAAGUACUGUACACACGACUGCUUGAGACCACACAUCUUAAUGCACUGUCUGCUCACAGUAUGAAAGAGCAGGAACAAGAGGCCAAGAGACAGCUAUACAGUCUGUGGAAAAGUGUUGAGGACAAGAAGUGUAAUAGUGUGGAGCUGAAAAAGAGUCUUGACACUGAAAAGAGGAAUCUGGCGCUAGACAAAACCAUGGACAUACAGCUGCAAGGUCUUGGUCCAGUAGUCUCAAACAUUGCUCAUCUGGAGAGGAGCUAUGUUGCCAUGGCGAGAGCUCUGGAUGCCACCAGACACGACAUGGAUCUACGUGGAAUACUGCCAGUCGAUGAAGGGCAACUGACGGAGAAGCUGGCGGAGUGUGAAGAUGUGUUGGGAGAUGUCAUGAUGGACAUACGCCCCAAACUCUCAAAUGUGACCUCCUUCGCUGAGUCUACUGAUGCAGUAGUGACUACUGUCGACAAAGAACUGGAACAAUUGAAAAGAUGUUGGAGUUCUCUAGAAACAGUCACCAAGCAACAGGUGCACCAUGCCAGUGUGUACUUGGAAUGCAAGCAAAGAACCACGUAACGUGAACACCAUUAUAAUUAUAGGGUCUAAUGUCACUACAAUUUAAACUCCCAACAAAAUGCCCUCCAUCUUAAGCAUUGAUUAUGAUUUUAUGAUUUUUAUCAUGUACAGAACUUGUUAUUGAUUUUGGGUCAUAUCUGAUGCCAUACAUACCAUUAUAAUUAUAGGAUCUAUGUCACUACAAUUUAAACUCGAAAUGCCCUCCAUCUUAAGCAUUGAUUAUGAUUUUAUGAUUUUUA